GCAACAUGAAUACGACAACCACCAACGGUUUAGUGAGCUCAACCCCCACCUCUUCCGUCAACUCAAACAAUGGGAGUCAACCACUGUCAAACUCGCCCGGCAGGAUAGCACUGAUCGGCAUCUACGUGGUGGUCUUGAUGGUCGGCACAUUGGGGAUAGUGCUCAUGAUUAAAGUGCUGAAAUGCAACUUGCGCUCUGUGACCACCGUCGCAGUCCUCAACCUCAUCGUGGCCCAUCUCCUAUUUCUGCCCACCAUCCCGUUCCGCAUCCACUACUACGUCCGGGACAGCUGGGACUUGCCUCCGGAGAUGUGUAGGAUGGUCAGCUUUAUGAUCCACAUCCAUAUGUAUAUAUCCUUCCUCAUCUACGUCAUAGUGCUCAUCUUGCGUUUCUACAUAUUCUACAAACGGACCGAAAGUCCAGAUUUUCACAGAAAACUUCACUCUCUUGGAGCGAGUGGGACUAUCUGGAUAGUUGUGUCGAUAGUUAUGCUCGUAGUAUUCAAGAGUUAUGGAGAUGACAACAUCAAGAACAAUACUACCUGCUUCACGUUUGGAAAGAGGACGGGGGAACUUGGUGUACGUGUGAUAAAUUAUAUCAUCAGCGGCGUUUUCAUCACGGUUCCUAUAGUGUUGUGCGCCGUUCAGAUUAAUAUUUUGCGGUCAAUCCGCAGGCAAUAUGGUGCCACCUUCUCUUCUCAACAGGAGUUUUGGGCACAGAUGAAGAGCCUCUGUUUUGUCCUAAUUAUGCUCGUGUGUUUUGUGCCGUAUCAUUUAUUCCGCAUAUACUACGUGACUGGCAUUACGGUUGAAAAAGAGUCUCAAAAUGAGAUUUUCCUGGCCAUAACCGGACUGAGCUGCCUGGACUUGCUGACUUUUGUGGGGCGUGGUGCUUGCUAUUCAUGUGGAAGGAUAUUUCGCUUGUAGAACAUUACCGGCAAGUGACACUUCUUUAUUAUCAUGAGUUACAAAAACAGCUGUUGUCACCCAGCUGUAUGACAAUCUAUCAUCUCACAUUUUUGUCAAUCACGAAACUAGCUUUUUCUUUUUUAAGCAGCCAAUUAAAAUACACUCCUCACCUUGUUGCUGAAAUGGCAAUCUUUAUGACUCGGUCCGAGUUACUUUGUGUCAGAAGCAGAGGACCAUGAGGAGCUAUAUGACCAAAAGAAUCGCAGACUAGAUCUACACCUUGCAUAUGAUUAUGGCGGGAGUCGGACUAGGUUUCUCCACAGCCUGCACAUGGUGAGAAACCUGGACACUGGGCUUUGACCAUCAGCGCAAGCGACACUUGGCCUAUGUAGGCUAUUACUGAGUGGUGUACUGUAGGCUACGGACACAAACAGAUUUUCUUCAUUAUUUAUUGUUUAUGCCAUUUUAUGUUCUGAUGAUGUGAAGCAGUACAUGCACCAACCUAAGAAUACUUUUAAAUAAAAUAAGACACAGAUGGA